AUGAGUAUCCUUUGUUCAGGGUCUCCAAUUGAUCAAACGUCCGGGAAACCUUGCAUUGAUUUUUUGGAUAACCCAGCAGAAUGGAAUCCAGCCUACACCAUGACGUACAUCUCACUGGUGAUCCAGGCAAUGCUUUCCAAUCCAGUACUGGAAAAUGCAGUCAACCUGGAGGCAACCAACCUGGUGCUGAAUAAAGCAGAUCUGUACAGGCAGAUGGUUCUCAACUGUGUGAAGACCAGCAGAAUGAUUGAAGAUGGCUCAAUACAACGCAGCAACGUGAUGCGAAGGACCCCGCCCCCGCUCUGCACCCCCGCACCCAGGAAGAUAAAAUCUGUCUCCUUUGAGAAUUACCACAAGACGUGGAGUGAAAUUGCCACAUCAAAGACAGACCAGAGUGUAAAGCAUAAAAAAUCAAGAACAUCAACUAAAGAAUUGGAAGAGAUGAGGAAUGGAAAUAAAGUAUACAGCAUCUUUAUUCAUGGACUCCUUAGUGACCGGACGAGCAGAGCGGAGCAUGCUGGGGGAUGUACGCUGUGCAGAUUGACAGAGGGUCACAUUUUGGCAUCCAUUGUAGAUAUGAAAGCUGAUGCUGAGAGUAGUUUCCAGAAGAGGCAUCACACAGACAACACGCCGGCAUCAUCUGCCCGGGAGGCAGAACCACUGGAGGAUGAAGUGGACAAUUUGGUGGCCUGGACAAAUACCCUCAGCGCUGAGCUACUGGAAGACUGAUUGAUGGGCGGUUCCAUCCUUAAAAGUAUUAACCCCCAAUCCCUCUUACAUUGCCCAAUUAGGGGGAUAGAACUAAGUAGGGGAUAUAUUUGAUAACCAGUUGCUGACUGUUUUCCAUAGGAAGCAGCAGAACUGUGAGUGCAGCUCCGGAGUAUAAUAAAGAAAGUUGAGUAUCUAUGUCAUGUCCUGCUCCAUAUGAUUAGCACUGAUGUCUUGCAGACCUGAAGUUCUGGGUUCAAAUCCAACCAAGGGCAACAUCUGUAAUUUGAAAUUUGUAUGUUUUC